UAAAGCAGAAGAAAGGAACAUUUGUGUUAAAAUUGUGAAAAGGCCGUCAUUUCUUCUCUGUUUGUAAACCAUUUUUCUUCACUUUGAGCUGAAGGUUUGGUGUAGAGACUGGUGAUGAUAUAACCGUGUAAAAGUGUUGAAAAUGGCGACUAAUAUUGAAGAAGCGGCAUGCAAAACCCGUCAGACCAACCUCCUUGAGUGUCGUGUCUGUGAGGAUGUAUUUCAACUUCAUGGUGAUAAAGUACCAAGACUUCUUCUCUGUGGACAUACUGUAUGCCAUGACUGUCUUACCAGACUCCCUACACAUGGACGCACACUUCAAUGUCCCUUUGAUAGACAAGCCACAGAGCUAAGUGACUCAGGGGUAUGGGGACUAAAGAAAAACUUUGCACUGAUAGAAUUACUAGAAAAGUUACAAGUAUCGUCAGGACCACUGAAAUCAUCUGAAGAAGAAAAGCUUGAUGGACGAGCUCGCUGUGAUGAAAAUGAAGAGCACAAAGCUAGUGUAUACUGUACAGUUUGCGGUACUGAUUUGUGCUUAGCUUGUUCUGAAAAUAUUCACGCGACUAAAACAUUAACUAAGCACAGAAGAAUCCCACUAUCAGAGAAACCAAGGGAAAAACCAAAAUGUCCUCUUCAUUCUACACAUGUGAUAGAGUUUACUUGCUUGGAGGAAAGCUGCAGAGAGAGCUCAUUAAUGUGUUUUGUGUGUAAAGAUUAUGGCAGACAUCAGAAUCACAAGCAUGCCCUAUUGGAAACAGAAGCAGAAAAUAUGAGAUCAUCAGUAACUAAUGCCAUUCAGCAUGUUAGAACAUUUACUACUGAAGUCACAGAGGCAUCCAAGAAGCUGACUUCUGUCAUUGACAGCAUUGAAGGUGGUGAGGUUCUUCAAGAAGAUGAUCAAGGGACAAUAAUGCAGCACCACAUGCAGGGAACAGCAGAAGACGCAAGGUUUAGAGUCAGGUCUUUCUUUGAUGACUUGAGAGAGACUGUCAACAGACAAGAAGAAGCUGGUCUUGCUGUUGUUGACAAUUAUGUCAGGGAAAAACUAUUUUCAUUAAGGCAGCAACAGGAAGACAUGGCUGUGUUGAUAUCUCAAGUGAAUUCUGUGUGUUUAGAGUGUGAAAAAUCCUUACAAAGAACUGAUGCAGAGGUAAUCCAAGCACGUAAUAACAUCCACAGUCUACUUGAAACAGUGCAAGAACAACAACAACAGUUCAUUGACAUGGCACAGCUAUGCAACACAGAUGCUGGGAUCCCUGUGGCAUUUACCAAAGACAAUAGAGUUCAUAUAGGACCCAAGAUGGAGAUGAGGGCUGUGGCCCUGGGACUAGAUGGAGCUGGGAAGACAUCAAUAUUAUUUAAACUCAAACAAGAUGAAUUUGUAUCUCCAAUAACUACCAUAGGUUUUAAUGUAGAAACUAUUGAACACAAGAGUCUAAAGUUUACAAUCUGGGAUGUUGGAGGUUUGCAGAAACUACGGCCACUGUGGAGGCAUUACUACCUUAACACACAAGCGAUUAUAUUUGUCAUAGAUAGUAGCAAUGUUGAACGACUUUCUGAAGCCCAAGAUGAAUUAUCUAAACUGAUGGCAGAGAAACGUCUACGGGAUGCUUUACUCCUCAUUUUGGCUAAUAAACAGGACCUGCCUGCAGCAUUGAGUGUAGAAUCACUGACCGAGAGACUGUCCCUACAUAAACUAUGCUGUGGUAGAAGCUGGAAUAUUGUUGCUUGUGAUGCUCAUUCAUUGUCGGGCUUACAUGAAGGACUGGACUGGUUGGCAAGGCAACUGAUGGCUGAAUUUGCAUUAUAAUUGGUUAGCCAGGCUGGGUGAUUGACUGAUGAUUCAGUUUUGGACAGGUCCGGGAACCAAGGUUGUCUAUCAACAUAUCUUGACAUUGCAUUAUUUCAAACACAACGAACUGUACUGCUGAGCUUGUUCUUCUGGCCAUGAAAAUAUAAUGAAAAAAUAUAAUGAAAGGCCAUAAAAAGUAUUAUAGUAUUAUUAUAUCAUUCUAUGACCAUCAUGAGAAUUAAACAAACGGUGGUCGAAUAAAGUCUUUGAAACAUGUA